GGCCCGGGGGCUGAUGGGAUUGUGGCGGCCCGUUCUCCAGCUCAUAUUCUACUCCUGUCCCUCUACACUCUCAAAAUGGCGACCUCUCUGGGUUCCAACACCUACAACAGGCAGAACUGGGAGGAUGCGGACUUUCCGAUUCUAUGCCAGACAUGCCUUGGAGAAAACCCAUAUAUCCGAAUGACCAAAGAAAAGUACGGGAAGGAAUGCAAAAUCUGUGCCAGGCCAUUCACAGUGUUUCGCUGGUGUCCUGGGGUCCGCAUGCGCUUCAAGAAGACUGAAGUGUGCCAAACCUGCAGUAAAUUGAAGAAUGUUUGCCAGACCUGCCUCUUAGACCUAGAAUAUGGCCUGCCCAUCCAGGUUCGAGAUGCAGGACUGUCUUUUAAAGACGACAUGCCAAAAUCAGAUGUCAACAAAGAAUACUACACACAGAAUAUGGAGAGAGAAAUUUCUAACUCUGAUGGAACACGGCCAGUUGGCAUGCUGGGGAAAGCUACGUCCACCAGUGACAUGCUGCUUAAACUGGCCCGGACCACACCCUACUACAAAAGGAAUCGGCCCCACAUUUGCUCCUUCUGGGUGAAAGGAGAGUGUAAGAGAGGAGAGGAGUGUCCGUACAGACACGAGAAGCCUACAGAUCCAGAUGACCCCCUUGCUGAUCAGAAUAUUAAAGACCGGUAUUAUGGAAUCAAUGACCCUGUAGCAGAUAAGCUUCUAAAGCGGGCUUCCACAAUGCCUCGUCUUGACCCGCCUGAGGAUGAGACUAUCACCACGCUAUAUGUUGGUGGUCUGGGUGAUACCAUUACUGAGACAGACCUCAGAAAUCAUUUCUACCGGUUUGGAGAGAUCCGGACGGUCGCUGUUGUACAGAGGCAACAGUGUGCUUUCAUCCAGUUUGCCACAAGGCAGGCUGCAGAAGUGGCUGCCGAGAAGUCCUUUAAUAAGUUGAUUGUCAAUGGUCGUAGACUCAACGUGAAAUGGGGAAGAUCCCAAGCAGCUAGGGGGAAAGAAAAAGAGAAGGAUGGAACCACAGACUCUGGGAUCAAGCUAGAGCCUGUUCCAGGACUGCCAGGAGCUCUUCCUCCUCCUCCUGCAGCAGAAGAAGAAGCCUCUGCCAACUACUUCAACCUGCCUCCAAGUGGUCCCCCAGCAGUGGUGAACAUUGCUCUGCCACCGCCCCCUGGGAUUGCCCCACCCCCACCCCCAGGUUUUGGGCCACACAUGUUCCAUCCGAUGGGACCACCUCCUCCUUUCAUGAGGGCUCCAGGACCAAUUCACUACCCUUCCCAGGAUCCUCAGCGGAUGGGAGCUCAUGCCGGAAAACACAGCAGCCCCUAGCACAUUAUCACCACUCUGGAGCUCUGUGGA